AUGGCCGAUUCCUCCUCUCAGCCCGCUGCUGGGCCCCUCUCAUCGCAACAUCCUCAACCUCAGCCCCAACCUCCCUCACAACCACAACCACAACCACAAUCACAUCCAGAUCCAGCAUCCUCCGCACAAGAUCCCUCCUCAGCCACCCCCGGCCUUACACCCACCUCCUCCGCGACCAUCAUCCCGAAACAAGAACCUGACACCGCCGACCCGGGCUUGGACGCCUCCAUCGAGCAGGACAUCGAUCUGAACAACGCCAACAUGGCCAACGUCAAUCCCGCCGCCGACGACGCCGCCGCCGCCGCCAAUGCGGAUCCCGCGCCAACCUCCGUGGACGCUCUGGCAGCGUCCUCCACGCCCUCGAAGAAGGAGACCGGCCUGCGGGAGUUCCUGGGGAAGAUGGACGAGUAUGCGCCGAUCCCCAACUCAACCCUCUCCCCUACUCUCCCCUAUCCCCGACGCCGUAACAGCCCACUACCUCACCCUCGCCGGCCUACCACCCCCCGGCAACGGCCCCAACCAAACCCCCCGCAUCUCGCGCGCCUCCUCGCCCUCGCCACCCAGAAAUUCAUCGCCGAUGUCGCCGCCGACUCGUACCAGUACGCGCGCAUCCGCGCCUCCAACAGCACCUCCGCCAGCAACCCCAUGGGCAGUCUGAACGCCGCGUCGGGGCUGGGCGUGCCGGCGGGCGCUGCGGGCGUCGGGUCCGCAGGUGCGGCUGCUAUGGCUGGGGGCGACGCGAAGGGCAAGGCGGGCACGCAUCUGGGUAUUCAGCGCGCGGGGUUCGGAGGUGGUGGAUCGGGAGGGUCCGGACAGGGGAGAACGGUGCUGACUAUGGAGGAUCUGGGGAUGGCGGUUGGUGAGUAUGGGGUUAGUGUUAAGAGGGGGGAGUUUUAUCGGUGA